AUGUCGUUCAGUGCUCCACGGCCCUGCGGGCCUGCUUGCGCGUACCUCAGCGGCCCUGCGCGCGCCCAUCGAAACCAGGGUGGUCGGAAGGACGAGGAGGACUUGGAGUCGAAAUGGAAGGCGCAAUUACUCGACCCCGGCACGCGAAAGAGCCGACACCAACAGCGACGACAUGCGACGCCCGCCGCCCACGACGCACCCGAGAAGCUUCAGCUGAUGUGCCGCACGGACAUGGUUCACUAUUUGGACGUACAAGGUGCGUGGGACGCGGGCGAGUGCGAGUGGUGCUUCGACCGCGCCGUGGCGUACCGCGUGGAGCACGCCCUGGGCAAGACCAGCGCGCUCUCCUUCCCCCUGCACCUGCACCGCGCGCAGUCGCCCGCCAUCCCCCUUGCUCCCCCCAGCCGCCCCACCAAGGCCGUGCUUGACUUGUCCUGGAGCGUUCCCGUGCAGCGCCUGGCCGGGCAGCGGGGGGUGUCGGCGCGCGAGCAGCUGGUGUGGAAGUGCGAGCAGGCGCCGCUGCUGUGCGUGCAAUCGAUGCUACUCGAGUGGCUGGCCGAGCCGCGUGUGGGCGUGCUCAUGGACCUGGGGAAGAUCCGAUCCCGCCUGCCUGCCAUCCUCGCCCACACACGUGCUGAUGCAUACUGCCCUGCUUCUCUGAAACCUCUUGCUGAAACGUCUCAAUUUGCUGACCCCCCUGCUGCUGCAGCGUGGUCAUGCUGCUGGCGCUGUACUGGCUGCUGGGCUGCGUACCGCCGUGCUGUGAGCUUCGCUGUCUUCCUGGUGCUGGUGGCGAGGUCCCCGUGCGUGGUGACGCUGUGGAAGGCGCACAUGGAAUCGCGCACGCACACCUUCACAGCGCUACUCACCCAGCUGGGAGCGCGCAGACACGCAGAGCCGGACUGCUUCGCGUCCAUGCUGGUGCAGGUGCUGGGGGUGAAGGAGCGCGGUGAGGUGCAGGAGGGGUUCGGGUUCUUCCUGCACCACCUGCUGCCAGGCGCGCUGGACACGGCGGGUGGCAAGGCGCAGGGCACAGGAAAGAAGGCUGCAGCUCUGGGCAACACAGGGCUGGUUGCAACUGCUGCGAUGCGCCUCAUGGGCGGUGGCAGGGGAGCGGAGGCCGUAGGGGGGAGCAGUGCUGCGCGUGGGUCAGGGGAUGAGGAGGAUGGGGAGGAGGGGACGGCAGGAGGCAGGGGCCAGUGGGUGGUGGCGUCGCUCGUGCUGGACGGCAACAACGCACUCAAGGCCAAGGUGGAGAAUGCUGCCAUUCGUGACGCCAGAAAUUGGCUGAGAAAGAGGGGGGGCGAGAGAGCGACAGCCAUGGACGAAGCAGCGGGCAGGCCAAACCCAUCCUCCAAAAGCAGUGCUGUGAAUGCCAGUGGUACAGCUGCCAUUGCCACUACUGCUGCCUCAACCUCCUCCUCACCAUGCCACCUGUUUUCUUCGACCACCUCCUCUUCCACCACCCAUGCUCUUCCCCCUACCGCUGCAGCAACUGCAGCAAGUGUUGAGGCGCCUCAGGGGUCCACUGCAGCGGCUCAAGCCAGUGCCAUUCUCGCCCCUGGCCUCGUACCUGUCAACACCCACCCCGCUAUGGCUCUCCUAACUUAUCGAGUUGCUUGCCUCUUGCAGUGGGUCCGAAUCUACGGCUCAGAUUUCAUCCCGAAGAACUGCUGCUUCAGGGGUAGCCUUCAGGGGAAGGUCCUGCCCAUGCGCCACCCCCUUAGGGACCUUCCGAGCCUGCUGCUCAGGUUUGGUGCCAUUCCCAAGCCGGUGGAGGGAAGUGACUUCCCCCUGGAGUGGGAGGAGUGGCCUGAGGGCGAUGACGCUGCUGCCAAGCUCCCUCCCGACCCCACCUCCCGUCUCUUUGGUCUUGACUGA